UCUCUCUCUCCCUGUCUGGUUCUCUCUCUCUCUCUCUCUCUCUCUGUGCAUGUGUAUGAAAAUGUCUUUGUCCAUCACAGCUUGCUUACCAGACCAGCGCAGACGCCCUCCAAGUGUGACUUCCUCCAUAAAGUUAGAAACGAACAGCGGCAGGUAAAUGAAGUACACAUUUCAGUCAGAUGAGUGCAUGGUCAUCACUAUACCUCUGGGCAGUCUCAGAAAUGCUCAGGAGGGCCAGCUGAUGCCUGAGAACUUCCACUGUGUCUUCAAAGAUGUCUACAAGGUCUUCCUCAAGGGUCAGCCUAAAGCUCUGGGGGCGGCUCAGCUCAUUGCUGGAGUCCUUGUCUUGAUUCUGGGGCUACUGUUUGUCCAGCAAAGCAAAUUAGUUCUGAUCUACACCGUGCCCAAUUUCCUGUUUGUUGCUGCCGGAAUGCUGACCUAUGCUGCAGGUCAUUCUCCAAAUAUGUGUGUGACCAAACUGUCAUUUUCCUUGAACAUUGUCAGCUGUUUUUGGACAGUAGCUGCUGUUGUUCUCUGCAAUGUCCCCGACUCUCAUGGUUUCCACGGGGACCAUCAAGAGGUAUUUUCUGGUAUCAAAUGGAUGAUUGUAGUUCUCCUGGUCAUUGAACUGGUUGUUGCCAUGGUGGCGAUCUACUGGGAGAGUAAAGCAGUGUGCAGACAGCACUUCAACAUUCUGCCCAUGGUCACCCUGAAGCAAGAGGUAUGAACCUGAAGGACUGGCAGCAAACAACAAACAACUAAGUGAAAUAAUGAUUAAUAUUGUAUGACAUUUGUUUUACUUGUGCCAAUUCACAAGUCACAAUUCACGGAUCUCCCGGUCGCGGCCGGGUUACGACCCUGGGCGCGAACCCAGGGUCUCUGGUGGCACAGCUGGCGCUGCAGUACAGCGCCCUUAACCACUGCGCCACCCGGAAAAAUAGUGAUAUUUUGACACGUGCAAAAGUGCAAAUAAGGAAAUUAAAUACAGAAUAUAAUUUAAAAAUACGGGUUCUACUACUGAGAAAUAGUAAUAACAUUGCAUACCAUUUUUUUGUAGCAAUUUGUCAAAGAGAAAAGCUACUAUCAUGACAGAUGUUUUCCUUACAAUUGCAUUGUGCAAAAUGACAUUUGAAAAUGUAGGUUAUAUUUUCAUCUGACUUGUAUCUGAUUUAAAUGAAUUUAAACAUG